CGUGAUCCUUCUGCUAAGACUUCCUCUCGGCGCUUGGUGACAUUUUACCAGCGCGAAUGACGCGACAAACAACGUCUUCCGACGAUACAAAGGAAGACGGUUUUACUGGUCUACGAACAAGUAUCUUCGGAUCUAGUCACCAAGUUCCGAAAUGGGUUCCAGUGACCUUGCUGGCCUUUUCAUCUGUAGCCCUUGUAGUGCCGAUCGUCAUGCUACGACGGCAUAGGCGCGGUGUUAUUCCACAGAAUGUUCGGGAAGCUGCUGCACCUCCACGGCGAGGGCGAGGAUCAUCAACGCUGCAUAUCCCAUUGCAUUCGCCACCAAUACGGUCCCGUCCUGUAUCACAAACAGUACCGAGGGAGGUUCCAGCUCGUCUGGCGCCUCUGAAACCACCUGUAUCGGAUGAAAAUAACCCUGAACAAUUUUUUAAUGGUCCUCUGUACACCCUCAAAGCCCUUAGCAUCGCUACUGCUCUGGUGACGCUGGGUGCCACAGUCACUAUUUUGGGAGUAAUGAAAGCUCUCAAUGCUCGUGAUGCUAACGAGUUUGCGGAACGUAUGCGCCAUGUGGUGCUAACUAAAUUACCGGUCCUCUCAGACCGAAUAUAUCGUCCAUCUGAAACUCGCCAAGAUGGUGGUAAUGAUCACGCGCAUCCGGAAAACCCUGCUCUUGAACCUGUGGGAUGGAACUGGCAAGAAGCAGAGAACCGGCUUAGAGAAGCGUUUGACAACGGGGGGUUUCACAGCUGGGCAUCUGCUGCUCUAGUAGAAGUGGAGGCAGAAGCAACGGUCGAAAGAGCAAGGAGGGGUUUCACUCAAGCGCAGGAGAAGUCGACUAGUUGAAAAUAACAUAUCUUACUUCAAGGCGA